AUGUGUAAACAUAAUCUUAAUUUUAAUGUCAGCCGUACAGUACUCUUUCAGUGGAUUGGACGAUUCAUCUUCAUUUCCGUUAUACUCACUCAGGCUGUGUUGUUAAACCAGUAUUUAGUACUAUACGCGAACAAGUCCUCGUUUCAGGCCUUCACGCUUGCUUACACACCUGCGGUAUUGCUAUGGGUAAAAGGACAAAUGAACUCUACACAGGGCGAAGUUGCUUCAGGUGUUUGGUUCCUGUAUAUUCUGUCUCUCUGCAUACAUUCGGGAUGGAUUCUUGGUACUCUAAUGUCUAAAAUUGACAUAGAAUCUUCCGGGCUUGACCACGGAUUUCUGAAAUAUCCUUUGUCGCUCACAGCAAUAGUGUAUAUGCUGUUAGAUGCUGAAGAGUUUGAAAUAACAUUGCAUAUGAACCUGAACUGGCCCAUUCUUUUGGAUAUUUUGGACAUUGUCGAUAUUCUGGAUCCAAUCAUUGAUCCUCGAAAGAACGCAGUUUUACCGCAUGACAUAGACUACUGCAUUUGCGCGUUUGUUAUCGUCAGUCUUAUAAUUUUGACCUUCAAUUUCGCAGGGCCUGUCAGAGAAGCUUUGAACAACACCGACGAGACGAAUGAAACGCAAGAAAUAAUAUAUACGAUUUACAUUAUUGUCCAAGCAGUUCUCGUAAAUUUUCCUUUUUUAGUAAUUCGUCUGGUCGUUCACUACAAAUACAAAGCAGGUGCGUCAGUUUUUGCAUUUAAGAACUUACUGAUAAUCGUCGCAAACUUCGCCAGAGUUCGCUAUGGUUGUUGUAAACGCGAUGAAAAGACCAGCACAGCUAAUGGCCACACUCCGGCCAACACUGAAGAUUUAGAAUCUGCAAGUGUAAUAAUGUCUACGCAAUCAAGUCGUUUGGGAGAUGAUGCCUCGAGUAUAGCUUCGUCUGGAAAAAGACAACAGAGGGAGGAAAGACAGAGAUCUAGGCUUUUGACUUUGGAAGACAGAGAAGACCCCGAGGAAAUUAUUGUUUUGAGUUAA